AGUGUCAGGUGGUUUUCUGUGGUUUUCAUUUUGGAUUAAUUCAUAACAGUUGAUUUUUGAGAAAAACACAAAAACCAUUCACGUUUUGUAACAUAACAUCCCUAUUACUUAUAAUAGUAGGUAUUCGGCGAAAACAUCGAAAAAGAAAACAAAUUAAAACUCGCUGGAAAACUGGGAUAAAGAUUUUUCAUGUACCAAAUACAAAUAACAUAUGCAUGUAACAAGGUAGCAGCACAGUUUACAAACAAAAAUAGCAGUUGUUGGGCCUAAAAAAUAUGGUCGCGGGAACUAAAAUUAAAACAGAUUUUUCAUGUUACAAUUAUAAGUAUAUAAGUAGCUACAGUUUAUACGUCUCAUUCUGAGGUCUCAGUAACCUGGCUAGUCUAUGAACCUGGCAGCACUGAACACUGAUCCGUCGUUUGUGUCUACUGUCUUGUAUUCUAGUUUAUUGGUCUCUGUCUUGUAUUAUCCUUGUGUAGAAACAUAGUGAUUAUAAAAUACUCUUUAGUGUUGUUAUUAUGUUCCUGUUUAUGCUAACAACAGAGAAAUAUGUUUUCCAAUAAUUAGAAUGAAGUUAAAUCAAAUCCUCUAAUACUGUAAGCUAACAGAUUUUAAAGCGUAAUAAAGCCAGUUAUAUUUUGAUGUGAUACAAAGCGAAACUUUCCAUAUAUAUUAUAAUUCUCUUUGAGCUAAACUGUGUAACAUAUUGACACGAUGGAACUUAUUCUAAACUAUAAAUCGUAAAUUAAAUUAAAGUCAAAAUGAAUGAUAACUCACCAUUUAUGACCACAUGCCAACCGCUAAAAGAAGAAUUCAUUAAUUUAAAUAAAGUUAUUGUUACAUCCGAGGAAUUUACAUUAGGAAGAGGAAAACAAAAUUCUGCUGUAAUACCAUUCCUAUCAAUAUCAAGAAACCAUUGUAAGUUUAAAAAGAAUAAAUCACUGGAAUGGAUUCUUGAAGAUUAUAGUACAUUUGGGAUUGAAGUUAAUGGCAUCAAAAUUGGGAAAGGAUCAAAAAGAAAUUUGUGUGAUGGAGAUGUUAUUAAGUUGGAACCAACUGGAGAAUUUGUGUAUAAAUUUGUUAUACCUCCCAAAAGUGAUGAAUAUGAAAUACCAAGAAAACGGAUAAAAGUUGAGCAUGACACAGGAAAUAAUGAUAUCAUAAACAAUGUUAAAGUCAAGUUUGAAAUGUCACAAAACUAUGAGAGAUCACAUAUUGAAAAAAAAAUCGAAAGUGCAAAACAAAUGGUUAAUACUACAAUGAUGUUAAAGCAACAACUGCAAUCAGAUAUGAAUAAAAAAUUACAACAACUUGAGACUGACUAUGCUUUACAAAUAGAAAACUUGAAAGGAGAGAAAAAUGAAGUGGAGCAACAAACUGCUAGGUUAAUCAAGGAAAGAGAUGCCCAGCUCACACUAGUCCAACAGGAAAUGGGAGGAAAAAUUGUUGAACUCAUGGAGCAAAUUAAAAAACACAAUGAAAAUGAAAAACAACUAUUACAAGAAAACAAUUUAUUAAAAGAAAAGUUGGAAAAAGAAAGAGAAGUAUUUUUGGGAGAAUUGUUAAGAGAGAGUUCUUCUAAGCAAGAUAUGUUGGAUCAAUUAGAAAAAAAGAUGAAAGAACAGGAAGAAAUAAUGAAAAAAGAAAAGGAAGAACUAGAAAAUAUGCAUAAAAAGGAGAAUGAACAGUUAAGAUUAGCAAAGGAAAAGGAACUAAAAGAUCUGGAAGAACAAAAGAAACGGAGGGAAGCUGAAUUGAAAGAGCAACUUGAGAUUAUUAAGAAGAAUCUAGAAAAACAAGUUGAACAAACCGAGGAGCAAAGAAUAAAAGCAGAGCAAGAACUCAAUGAAAGACUAAAAGAGAUGCAACAACUUAGCAAUAUUGAAAAGGUUAAGGUGGAACAGUUGGAACAAGAAAGAGAAGAACUUAAAAGAAAAUUUGGUGAAGCACAGACCACAGCCGAAAAAUCUCUUGAAGAAUUAAAGGAACAUGUCAGAAACAGAGAAAUUGAACUCGCGGCUUUAGCUGCCGAUAGAAUCCAACAACAGGCAGUACAAUCAAGUGAAGUGAUUCAAAACCUACAACAACAGCUUGAAAGGGUUCAAAAUAGACUGCAGAUUGUAGAAGCUGAAAAGAGCACAAUUUUGGAAAAAAGCUGCCUGCUGGACCCCAUAGAAGGCACAUCCUCAAAACAAUCCACUUUGACCGAAUUUGGUGAACUCAUGGAGAGUGAGUUACAGUGCAGUAUCUGUGCUGAACUCUUUGUUGAAGCAGUGACAUUAAAUUGCUCGCACACAUUUUGUAAAUAUUGCAUCAGUAGAUGGAAAAGUAAAAAAAAAGAUUGCCCUAUCUGCAGAUCACCUAUAUUAACAGAAUGCCGAAGCUUAGUACUAGACUCAUUUAUUGAUAAAAUGGUACAAAACCUUUCUGAAGAAAUGAAAACGAAAAGGGAAGAUAUGCUCAAUGCUAGAAAAGAAUUGGCCCAGCGGUGCAGCGCUGUGAACAAUCGCUCAGGUGGAAGCUAUGAAUACUCCGACAGUGAAUUCCACACCAGCGAGGAGGAGGAGGAGGAGGGGCAGGACUUAUACGAGGACUCCGACAUCUCGAUCCAGAGCGGAGAUUCAUCCUUCUUCUAUAUCAACGAUCGACUUGACCUGGCUUCCGAUGCAGACCACACCAUUGAACUCAGUGACAGUGGAGACGAUGCAGAUUCCGACGGUACAGGUACAAACAGGAGGCGUGUCGCGGGUCUCCCGGGCGCCUACUACGGCGGUUACGGCAGGUGCUUCAGAUGCGGCGCAAGAGGACACUGGGCACCUGGAUGCCCACUUAGAUAACUUACCCGUAAUUUUUAUCUAAUUUACGCUAACAUGUAGAUAAUUUGAUUAAAAGAUCAGGAAAGUACAGAA